GAUGACCAGGCAUCCACACGCUGAGAUGGUGAGGUGAACGGAGCCGAGUCCGAAGCGGAGGCUCAGACGAAGGGGUGAUGUCACCUCCGAGAGGCAGCCAAUGAGGGGGAGGGGGCGAGCGCGGCCAAAGGAGGGUGUGUUUUUCUAUCACUGCAGCAUCAGCACAGCACCGAGCUGCGCACAGUCACCACGCAGCCCGGACCACAGCAGACGAGGCGGCAACUCCUCUGUUCGGGGACCCGUGAGAGGAAAGAAGCAUCUGUGCACAGUGUGGCAAAAUUUGACUUGGUCAAGAGACACCUCCGACCAUUACAGGACAACAUUUUAGAGUACGCUUGAAAAGGGUGGACAUCUCAUCGUACCUCAGCAACUUUCAAGGUUCAGGGUGUACCUCGCCUACUCCCCCAAGACAGCUGGGAUAAGCUCCAGCACGCCCGCGACCUUUGUGAGGAAAGAAGCCCAGCGGGAGGGCACGAGGGGCGCAACGACAAGCCAAACGACGAGUCCUCCACUCCACUUGUGUGUGCUUGUGUGUGUGAGGACUUGCAUGGGCCAGUGAGCCAUGGGUCACAUACAGCAACAGCAGGUUGGCAGUAGGGGGCGGCGCUUGGGCCCCCUCCUCCUCAUCAUCCCCAUCUUCCUCUACCUCCUCCAGCCCAGCCAAGCAACCAUACACAUUCCCUCCAACUACCACAUCAGUGAACUCAAGAGGCCUCCUGUUAUCGUCACACAACCCGGGUCCGUCACCGUCUUCAGCGUGGAAGAUCUCGUCAUGACCUGCGAAGCCUCGGGAAACCCGCCGCCCAUUUUUCGAUGGACGAAGGAUGGAGAGGAGUUUGACCCAGGCACUGACCCGGAGCUGAAGGUGACGGAGCGCUUGGGUUCAUUCGCCUUCUACACCCUCAGCAACACAGUAGACUCCCUGAAGCAGUACCAGGGCAAAUACGUGUGCUACGCAUCCAACGAGCUCGGCACGGCCGUCUCCAAUGAGGCCACGCUCAACACUGACGCCCCGCCGUCCCUGCAGAAAGAGAAAACAGUACCGGUACAUGUGAAGUCUGAAGAGGGAAGCAGUAUUGUUCUGAAGUGCAACCCCCCACAGAGCUCCAUGGAGCCCAUCAUUCACUGGAUGGAUUGGAAUCUCCGUCACAUCCAACUGAGCGAGCGGGUGGUGGUGGGCAAGGAUGGCAACCUGUACUUUGCCCACCUGAAAACCACGGACAGCAGGGAUGACUACACCUGCAAUGUCCAAUAUCUGGCAACUCGCACCAUUCUGGCAAAGCAACCUGUCACUCUCACCGUCAACGCGAUCAACUCAGUCCUGCGGAACAGAAGGCCCCACAUGAUGAGACCUACUGGAAGCCACAGCACUUACCAUGCACUCAGGGGCCAGACCAUGGAGCUCGAGUGCAUCGUCCAAGGCUAUCCGACUCCCAAAGUAUUGUGGGUUAGGAAGGACGGCGAGCUGUCCGAAUCACGGACUGCCAAAGAAAUGUUUGACCGGCGUCUGCGCUUCACCAACAUCUCAGAAAGUGAUGCUGGCGAGUAUCAGUGUCUUGCUGAGAAUACCCAAGGGAAGGCCCUACACUCUUACACUGUGGCAGUGGAAGCUGCUCCCUACUGGACCAAAGAACCGGUCAGUAUGUUAUACGCGCCCGGUGAGACUGUCAGACUUGACUGCCAGGCAGAGGGCAUCCCAACUCCGGUCAUCGCUUGGACCAUCAAUGGGAUCCCUCUCUCAUCAACCGACAAAGACUCCAGACGCACUCUGACACCGAGCGGCUCUCUUAUCCUAAAAGACGUGAAUUUUGGAGACACGGCCGUCUACCAGUGCAAGGCCUUCAACAAGCACGGAGCCAUCCUCUCAAACACCAACGUUUAUAUAAUUGAGCUUCCUCCACAGAUCCUAACUGAGGAUGGCAACACUUACACAGUGACUGAAGGCCAGAAAGUCUUGUUGGAGUGUGACAGCUUUGGAUCUCCAAAACCAAAAGUCUCAUGGCACAGUGGCAGUGCCUCUUCCCUUCUGGCGGAUUCCAGAAUUAACCCUCUUACCACUGGAGGUCUAGAAAUCUUCAAUGUCACCCAUGACGAUGAAGGCUUCUACACGUGCUCUGUGCAGAACACCAACCUGUCCAUCAGUGCAGAACUGGAGGUGCUCAACAGAACAAUGAUCCUGUCACCUCCGCAGGCUCUGAAGGUGCAGCCUGGACAGACUGCCAUCUUCACCUGUCUCUCUCUUGUGGAUCCCAAACUGGCCUCUCCACUUACUCAGUGGAGGAAGAAUGACCACAAGCUGUUUGCAUCUGGCACCGAUCUGAAAUACACAUUUGAAGGACCGGACUUGAUUAUCUCUGAUGCCAAACCUGAAGAUGAAGGAAACUACACGUGCCAAGUUAUCACAAAUCUGGACAUGGCUGAAGCAACUGGCACACUUACGCUACAUGAUCGUCCGGACCCUCCCGCUCUUCUGCAGCUGUCACAAGCUAAAAGGCGCGCGGUCACCCUCAGUUGGACUCCUGGAGACGAACACAACAGCCCUGUGAUAGAGUAUGUGAUUGAAUUUGAGGAUCAGGUUUCAAAUGAGCGAGGUUGGGAAGAGUUGAGCAGAGUAUCAGGGAACAAGGACCGCGCCAGUCUCUCUCUGUGGCCCUACAUGUCGUACCGUUUCCGCGUCAUUGCCAUCAACGAGGUGGGCAAGAGUGCUCCGAGCAAUCCGACUGAGAUCCACAAUACAGCUGCUGAAGCACCAGACAAUAACCCUGAAGAUGUCAGAAGUGAGUCCACCGACCCGGAUACACUUGUCAUCACCUGGGAGGAAAUGGACAAACGAGACUUUAAUGGACCUGACUUCAAGUACCGCGUCCUGUGGAGGCGUGUGGUGGGCAGCGGGCCCGACUGGCAUCCCAACUACACAACGGCGCCACCGUUAGUUGUCAGUAAGAUCGGCAACUUCUCUGCGUUCGAGAUCAAAGUGCAGGCUGUCAAUGAACAGGGGGAAGGACCUGAGCCAGAUCCUGUCAUUGGCUACUCAGGCGAGAAUUUUCCACUGGAGGCCCCCAUGAAUGUGGGCAUUGUCAUCAUGAACAGCACUGCCAUCAGGGUGACCUGGGCUGCAAUAGACAGAGAGACUGUCAGAGGACAUCUGCUUGGCUACAAGAUUCACUUGACUAGGUUUGGUCCCCGGGGUCACCACAGAGCUCAAAGAGCAAGGGAGCCAGUAACCACUGUUGUUGUUGAGACUGGAGCCAAUGAGGAGAGGAAGGUGAUUGGUUAUCUCCAACCGUACUCCCACUACGCCUUGUCUGUCAGCGUGUUCAACAGCAAAGGAGAUGGGCCGGCAUCAGAGAUGGUGUCCUUCGAGACUGAUGAGGGAGUUCCGCAUCCACCAACAUCUUUGGCGUUAGACAGUCCAUCUGAGACGGAAAUGACGCUGCGAUGGACACCGCCAAGUCAGCCCAAUGGGAUUCUUAUUGGGUACCACUUGCAGUACCAACAAAUCGUGGAGAAUGACGACAGCCCAAUGCAGGUGGUGCAAAUCGAUGACGCCACAAUCAGCCACCUAACCCUGAAGGGCCUUGAUCGCCAUAGCCACUACCGCUUCUACUUGAGGGGGCGCACUGCCGCCGGAGAUGGAGAGCCCAUAAUGAGGGAAGGUGCCACCACUCUGGAUGGAGUGCCUCCUGUCAACAUCAGCGUGUCUCCUGGAGAGAAUUUUGUUAAUAUAAGCUGGCUGACCAAGAAGAGGCACAGAAAUGUUAGAUUCCACAUCCAAUUUUUCAAGGAGAACGAUGCUAAUAAGUGGAAGAAGACAGAGAGGGUGGACUCCUCCCAGUCCUUCUACCAGCUGCAGGGUCUCAGACCCGGUUCCCAUUACCAUCUGCACUUCAUCCACAGCAACGUUACCUUCUUUCAGACAGAGAUUGACACAGAGGGAACAGGAGUGACUGAGAUGCAGCCCGGCAUUGCGACCCAGGGAUGGUUCAUUGGCCUGGUCAGCGCCAUUGUGCUGCUUCUGCUCAUACUGCUCAUCCUUUGCUUUGUCCAGAGGAACAAAGGGGGAAAGUAUUCAGUGAAAGACAAAGAAGAAGGCCCGAUGGACUCAGAAGCCCGGCCUAUGAAGGACGAGACCUUUGGAGAGUACAGGUUGGUCGUGUUAUGUCGCACUGCCAGCCAGCCAUCACUGUGCGAGGAGAGCAAGCUGUGCAGCGAGGACAACCUGAACUUCAAUGGCAGCAGCGUGUUGACCACCGAAAUCAACCUGGAUGAGUCUCUCGCCAGCCAGUUCAGUCGGCCCAGCGAGGGCCCAGAGGUGCCAGAUAAUUCCCCGCUUAACCACAGCACCGUUUCCUCCGCCACCAAUGGCCUGCCCAACCAAGUCACCAUACUCAAUUAACCUCCACGCAUCCGCAGAGGACCGUCUGACCAAAACACGUCAACACAUACGUGCCCGUACGCUCCUGUUCCCUGCUGAGUAGUUUGAUGACCAAGGCGCAAUCAAUGCAUUGACAACUCAGAUGCUGGUGGUGUCAUCUGAUCGACUAGACUGUUUUGACCAAAGGCAUGUCCAAAGUAUUGGACCAUGUGACGUAAAUCUGACUAACCCUCACAUGGAGAAAUCCGUUAACUCUACCUGAUCCUUCUUCAUGUGUGCAGUGUAAAAACGUAAAUGUUUAACUUUCAUCUAUCGUCUUUAUUUCUUGCCUCAAAAGCUCUUCAAAAAAAAUAGAAAAACGGAAUGUUGUGCGGCAGACGUGAUCAAAGGGGGCUGCGUAGAGAGCAGUUGCAUACUGAAAAGGAAGUGUAAUGGGACCACAUCUGCGUCAUUUACCAUGUUUUUUUCAAUCAUUUCACACAAUUUAAGUGCCAAUGAUUUUUUUUGAUGAUCGUGUAAUGUACACCAUUUCUAUGAGCUAGUCAUGUAUUCAUGUAAUAUGUAUAUUUAUUUCGUUUGAAUUCCACUUCAUGUUUAUUUGAAUAAUGACAGAAAAACACUCUAAUGUACGGUGCUCUAAUCAAUCAGCCGGAAAAGUACGUGAUCGGCAAAUGUCAAUCAAUGCCUUUCCACAACUUUCAAGAGGAGACGGGCCUGUGUGCGGUGUUGCGUCCCUUCCCCCUUUCCUUUCCUUCACACUGUAUAUUACAGACUAAACCAGAAACAGAAUCCAAAUAUUCGAAAGAAUGUCCCGAAAGAAUGUCUGAUUGACCCCCCCCCCCCCCAAACUUCUAAUAAUGUCUGGUCCGCAGACCUGAGGCGGCAGGCAGGUGUGUGGGGAGAAUGAGCUCAGAGAGGUACGGUGGCGCGAGGUCAUUUAGAGAUUUGAAAACAAAUAAGAGGAUCUUGAAAAUAACUCUAAAAUGUAUGGGGAGUCAGUGAAGGGAUGCCAGAGUAGGAGUUAUGUGCUCGCUCUUACGAGUACCAGUCAAGAGGCGAGCAGCGGCAUUCUGGACCACCUGAAGGCGCUUAAUGGAGGACUGGCUGACUCCAAAGUAAAGGGAAUUGCAGUAAUCAAGCCGGGAUCUGACAAAGGCAUGAAUUGCUGUCUCAAAGUGUAGAUGAGAGAGGAGAGGUUUUACUUUGGCCAGCUGUCUAAGGUGAAAGAAGCUGGAUUUAACAACAGCACCAAUUUGCCGGUCAAGUUUGAAAUCGCUGUCCAGUUUAAGGCCCAAGUUUGAGACUGUUGACUUAAGAUAAGGAGACAGGGGCCGCAAGUGUACAGGAUGAAAUGUACAAGGGCCACUGGGACCAAACAGUAUCACCUCUGUCUUCUUUUCAUUGAAAUUCAAGAAAUCUUGUGCCAUCCAGGUUUUGAUUUCUUCCAGGCAGGACAGAAGUGGCCUUAACGAGAAGGCGUCUAUUUUGCUGGAGGACAUAGAUCUGCCAGUCAUCUGCAUAGCAUUGGAAGGGAAUGCUAUGCUUCCUUAAGAUGGAACCCAGUGGGAGCAGAUACAGCGAGAAUAGCAGAGGCCCCAGAAUUGAGCCCCGUGGAACACCACAUGACAGGGGAGCAGUGCGUGACUCAGAGCAGCCAAGGCUGACACAAAAGGUUCUGUCAGCUAAAUAGGACAGAUAAGAGCACUACCGCCCAUGCCCACCAAGUGCUGCAAACGAGUCAGCAGAUUAUUGUGAUCCACUGUAUCAAAUGCUGCAGUUAAGUCCAAAUAAAACUAGACACCCUAUGGUCUCCAGUGUCAUUUGCCAGGAGGAUGUCAUUAGAUACGCGUAACAGGGUUGACUCCGUGCUAUGCAUCAUCUUGAAACCUGACUGGAAGACCUCCAAGAUGUUAUGUUCAUCCAAGAAAUGUUUCAACUGCAUGUGCACCACUUUUUCCAGAUUUUUUUAAAUGAAAGGCGGUUUGGAAAUGGGCCUGAAACUUGACAGCACAUCUGGAUCAAGACCAGGUUUCUUGAUCAAGGGUUGGACCACGGCAUGUUUAAACUGUUGGGGAACUAUACCAGAAGAGAGCCUGAUGUUGAUGAUGUCCAAGACACGAUGCACCAACACUCGGGAGAACCUCCUGAAGGAAAUGCGGGGGAAGGGAGUCGCAGGGAGAGCCAGAUGUCUUUGUCUGGAGAACUACAUCCUCCUAAAGCGUCAAGGGCACAGUCUCAAAAGCAUUUAGCACAGCAGAACACGGAACAUGGACAGAGGGGUCGGGUGCGGUAUUUGAGACCGGUGUCCUAGCUGUAGAGACCUUAUCAAUGAAGAACUGAAGGAAAUCUGUUGCACAUCUUCGGUGAAGAAUCCAAGCAAGUAGGCUGAGGGGGUUUGAGUACAGAAUCUAUCGUUUUAAAUAGUCCACGUGGGUUGUGACGGUUCGCUUAAAUAAGGUCCGACAGAUAUUCUAGUGCUCUUGAUUGAGCAAGUGUCUCCAAACCUUUGACAGGUAGUGUUUGUUCUACCUUGUCUUUAUUGACAUACUUCAUAGAUUUGAGAUCUGUUGGCCAUGAGCACUGAGGUCAGGUUUCGUACCAUUUCAUGCCAUCACUAACACACUAACAAUAGGUAAAGGGGAACUUGCUGUGAAAACGCCGAGUAGCAUCUGGUGUAUAUAUUUGCAUCGACAUGUAUCUAUUUAGCCAUAUUCCAGUAUUAUAUCUUCUUGUCCUGACAAGUUCCUGUGCCUACUGGCUUUUGCAUAGAGCACCAGAUUGAUGUCAUAACUCCUUCAUCAAGUGUAAUGUUAUGAUUGGAGAUAUAUUGUACAUUUUGUGUCAAGGCCUAUGUGUUGCUUUCUGUAUCUUGUCUUUGUCUCUUUCGGUACUGUCACGCUCCAUAUUUUGUUUGGGGAGCGGCACUUGCAGAUAAAAGAGGGUGGAGACUUGCGCGCAAACACCGUACACUUAUUCAUGCAGUUUAAGAUUGCAGAAAGGUAAAAUGUCUGGCCAUCUGCAAAUUACAUAUAUACACAUAGUUGGUAUUUACUUCACAUCUAGAGAAUGUAUUUUUUUUGUAGUACUCACAUAUGAUUUUUGUCUGUACAUUAUUCGUACCCUAAUUUGAGUAAAAGUUGUUUAUAAUUUGGAGAUUUUGUAGAUGGAAAUGAUAUGUCAAUUG